AUGGCAGACGACGAUGCCGUGAUCCGGCGCCGUUUGCUUACCCGCACGAGCACUGUGGGCCAGUUGGGGUUCAAGAAAUGCACCGAAACAAUUUUGACGCUGGUGGAUAUUCUACUGGACGAGUCCGUGGACGCUGUGACAUGCAAGCAAGAGCUGGACGCGCUGUUCUGGGAGAUGGCUCAGCUGGAGUUUGAGGCCAACAAGACAGAGAUCUGGACGUACACGUGCGACCGCGAGCUCGAGGAGUACGAGACGCUGAAUGCCGAGAUCGACACGUCGAUUCGCAAAGUGACGAAGGACAUUGAAGAGCUCAAGAAGAGUGUGUUUGUCGAGAAGCGGAUACGGGCGUACAAGGAAGAGUACGAGUCGAUUGCCCGCGUGGUCAAUGAGCUGCCGUCGCGGAGGGAGGUCACGGCGGAGAUUGAGCACGAGAAGAAGCGACUCGAGGAAGCUACGACGGAGAUCGAGGCAGUGGAUAAGCAGCUCGACUUGCGCACGAAACAGUUUGCACUGUUGAUGAACACGAUCCAGAACUUGCAGGCGACGAUGAGCGAAGAUAGGGCGGAAGAGGAGAAGGACGACGACGAGCAGCAGGAGGACGAGGAGAUGGAAGAGGACGUGGAAAGCAAGGAUGACGUCAUGCAAGGUGAAGAGGGUGCGUGA